UCUUUAAAUUUCUAACAUUUUUUUUCCUCAAUAAUGUAUGCAGAAACACUAUCAAAUGAUUUAAAAUCUCUAUUAAAUAAUACUUUACUUAGUGAUAUCAAAAUAAAAGGAAAUGACGGAGUAGAAAUAAACGCUCAUCGAGUGAUAUUGGCGGUGCGUUCAGAAGUAUUUAAACGUAUGUUAUUAAACGGAAUGAAAGAAUCUUUACAAGAAGUGAUUGAAUUUCCAGAAGUUUCUUCAGAUACUUUACAUGUUAUCCUUGAAUAUCUAUAUACUGGAAGAGUGACAGAACAAACUUUAACAAUUGAAAUGGUUGCUGAAGCUUUUCAUGGCGCUGAUUAUUUUUUACUCGAACAAUUAAAAUGUCAAAUAAUUGAAUUUUUUAAAAAUCACCUAAGAAAUAAUAAUGUAAAUAAGAUAAAUAUAUCCGCUAAAGUGUUGUCCCGACUUUUGGAAUGUAUGGAAUCAACUAAUAAUGAAUUUGUUAAUUUAUUAUGCGAUUCAAUUAAUUCAAUGUCAUUAAAGUCAAUAGAGUAUUUUAAUUUAAAUUUUAAAGCAUUAGAAUAUAUUUUAUCAAAUGUCAAAAGAGAGGAAGGAACCAAGAUAUUCUCUAUAUCGGAAUAUGAUUUAUUUCAUUAUGUUAUAUUAUGGGCCGCUAAUGAAAUUUCAGAAGAGGCUUUAUCAUUUUAUGAGUCAUGUUUGCCUUCUUCAAAAACUCUUAAAAAUUUCAAUAGAAAUAGUAACGUCUCUCUUGAUAUAUAUAAUAUACAAGGUCAUGCAAAGUAUCAGUCAACGAUGAUAACAAAAACAUACCCUUUACUUAAUCUUGUAAAAUUAGAACGAAUUCAUCCAUUUAUAAUUUCAAAUAUCAUUGAACCUCUUGAUGGUUUGAUUGACUCAAAAACCUUAAUAGGUGUAUAUCGAAAGCAGGCUUUAUUGGCUGGAAAGCACAUUUGCUUAAAUGAUAUCUCACUCCAAUGGGAUGACAAUGCUCGUGGUAGUAAUAUGUACUUAAAAAGCACGUUUGUUGUUGUUUCAAAUUCUCUUUCACAUGAAUGGAUUAGAACAGCAGUUCCUAUAAGCGGGCAAGAUAUAUUUGAAUGGGAUAUAGUGGUUGAGGAAAUAUGUGAUUGUUUUUGGGUUGGAAUUUGUACUAUAAAAGAAUUUGAUGUUGAUUACAAUUCAUGGCUUGGGAAACAAGCAUAUGGCUGGGUUUUUGGUUCUAAUGGAGCUAUUUGUCAUAAUACACAAGAAGAAAAUGGACCUUAUACAAAUAAAUACGGAAAAGAGUUUAAAAAAAAUGAUAGAAUAACUGUACAUUUGGAUAUGGGAGAAAGAACUUGUUCAUUUUCCAUCAAUGGAGAAAGAUAUCCUAUUGCAUUUCGUGAUUUACCUAAUGAAAUUUAUCCUGCUGUAUCAUUAAGAACACCAGGAAGGGCGAGGAUUGAACCUCGUCAAUGAAAUAUUUUAUUAAUUAAUUCUGAAGAACUUUUUUUUUAAUAUGACGAUAUUAUUUCUGGAUUUUAAGAUUCAAUAUUAAG